AUGCACCAUGACGAUAAAGUGUACGAACACUCUAUGGCCCUAACCUGUGACUGGAACGAGAAACUCAAAGAGGCAAUCCCCAAGAUUAUCGCUGAAGUCUCAGACUAUGCUGGGGUAGAAGCCGAAGCAGAGUUUCUAGGCAUGGGAUCCUUCAAUAUUGUCUACAGGGUAAAGAGGUUUCGAGGUAUUUAUCGUUUCCCAAUCUUCGGAAAGAGCGUUGUCCGUUUCGAAAAGACCAAUGACGAAUGCAUGGUAAUGCAAUACCUUUCUCGAUUCACUACCAUCCCAAUUCCUAGGCUCAUCGCUGCUGAAAGCUGUGACGUGGGGCCGUACCUCGUGAUGGUGAGACCUGAAUUGGGUGAGCAAGGACUCAAGCCCAGCAUUGCCACGACGACUUUAGCUCAAGCCUAUCGUGGGAUGACCAAGAUCUUGAUUGAGCUUUCCAAAUGUCGAUUUGCUCGGAUAGGAGCUGUAGGGCUUGAUGAUUCCAAGCAGUGGUCUGUCACGAAAAGGCCAAUCACGAUUAACAUGAAUCAAAUUGUCUCAUGCGGGAACUAUCCAGUCAAAAACCUCCCCAAACAAUCCUUCUCCACAGCGAACGAAUACUUCACCUGCCUUGCCGAAACCCAUCUAACUCAUCUCAGAAGUCAACGAAACGAUGCGAUUUCUGAUGAGUUGGACGCCCGAAGAAAGUAUGUAUCUCGAUGCUUAUUCUUGAGAAUUGCCAAAAAUUUCUCGACUCAAGAUAACUAUGGGCCUUUCCCGUUAUAUUGCGACGAUUUGCGGCCUUCGAAUGUCCUCGUGGAUGACGCCAUGAGUAUCAUGGGCGUCAUUGACUGGGAAUACUGCUACACUGCUCCUCUGGAAUUCACAUAUUGCUCGCCAUUGGUGGCUCCUUCUGAAGCAUCCAGAUGA